AUGGAUGAUAACAAUCCUUCGCUUCUAAGAAAACCCACGCCUUCUCUUUAUACCCUGGACAGUAUUGCGACGACUGCCAACAAUAAGACAAAGUCUACCAUAUCUACCUUAACCACAGCCAUUACCACGAGCAAAUCUCUCCAUCGUCGGUCGUACGCUGCAAACAGUGUUAAAAUACGCUCUGUUGAAGUAGGCCCUAGCAGUUUCAUAAAAAUCCGAAUGCUCGGCAAAGGAGACGUUGGCCGUGUCUAUCUUGUGAAACAAAAAGGCACAGAGAAGCAAAUGGCCAUGAAAGUGCUGUCUAAAAAGGAAAUGCUAAGACGCAACAAAGUGAAACGCGUACUAGCUGAACAAGAGAUUUUGUGUAGUGCCAACCAUCCGUUCAUUGUCUCACUUUAUCAUUCUUUUCAAAGCCAAGACCAUUUGUAUUUUGUAAUGGAGUAUUGCUUGGGUGGCGAGUUUUUUAGAGCUCUUCAAUCAAGACCAGGGAAAUGUUUGUCAGAGGAGGGCGCCAAGUUUUACGCGGCAGAAGUGAUAGCUGCUUUAGAAUAUCUUCAUUUACAAGGAUUCAUAUAUCGAGACUUGAAACCAGAAAAUAUUCUGCUACAUCAAAGUGGACAUUUAAUGUUGACAGAUUUUGAUCUGAGUAAACAGACAUAUCCGCCAGGUCCACCUGCUAUUGUCAAGUCAAACUCUCCUCAUAUUCCACCCUCUAUUGAUACAAGAAAUUGCAUUUCUCAUUUACGAACAAAUAGCUUUGUUGGAACAGAAGAAUAUAUCGCACCCGAAGUGAUCAGAAGCUGGGGCCAUUCAAGUAGCGUUGAUUGGUGGACAUUAGGUAUUUUGAUCUAUGAAAUGCUCUAUGGUACAACACCGUUUAAGGGGGCAAACCGAAAUGAUACUUUCUACAACAUUAUGAAUAACGAUAUACAAUUCCCACCACCUCAUUAUCAUCAGCAUCAUCAUACCUCUAACACUAAUACAUCUACUACAUCUAAAAAGCAUCAGCAAAGACAACCGCAGGCGGUGUCCCAUCAAUGUAAAAAUUUAAUUAGACGUUUAUUAGACAAGCAAGAAAGUAAAAGGCUAGGAUCAAAAGCGGGCGCUUCGGAAGUGAAACAGCAUUCCUUUUUCAAACCUAUCAACUUCGCCCUAUUGCGACAUAUGACUCCACCUAUCAUUCCAACUACCACAGUAAAAGAAGACAACCAUCACAUUUACUUCAAAAAACAUCAUAACGCAGAAAGCUUGGACUUGGAUAUGGACGAACCUGUAAUGUAUAGUGACUACAUGCAAGAUCCGUUUGCAAAGUUCAAUUCAGUUACACGUCAUCAUGAUGGCGAUUCGGACGCCGAAACAAUUGCUCUCACUGAUGACGAUGAUGGCUUUGGCGAUGAAAAGUUAUAUUAA